AUGCCUGGAGAUAGCGAAUCGAGCGGGACUUCGCAGUCAAGCAAUACAUCAUACGUGAGUACUGUUAAUUCUAUGCCUUUACCAGAAAUCAGUCGGAUUACAAUAAAAGCACCGACAUUCGUUAAGAAAGAACCGGAUUUAUUUUUUAUACAAAUGGAAGCACAAUUCAUUAACGGUAGCAUUACUCGCGACAAUUCGAAGUAUAAUCAUGUAAUAUCUGUUCUCGAACCUGAGUAUUUAUCAAUGGUUUCUGACUUGAUUCGUAGUCCUCCCGCGGAAAACAAAUAUGAAUCACUUAAAAACCGUCUAAUUAGUGAAUACACUCAAUCUGAUCAAAGGAAACUCAGAGUUUUACUCACUGAAAUCGAACUUGGUGAUGACAAACCGUCACAUUUGCUACGCAAAAUGCGUGAUUUAGCCAAAAAUGCUCUCACCGAUGAGGCAAUCAAGUCCCUUUGGAUUGAACGUUUACCGGAAAACGUUCGUGCCGUCGUGGCAAUUUCAAACGACGACCUCAACACCUGUGCUACCUUAGCAGAUAAAGUUGUCGAAUUGACUGCCCCAAAACUAAUUUCGGAGAUCAAAUCGGAUAACACACUCCUUCAAUUGAACGCUCGUAUCGAUGAAUUAGCCAAAUCUUUUCGCGAAUUUAGAGCGAGCAGAAACAAUAGUCCAAAUAAAUCCCAGAAGUCACACAAUUCGAGUCGUUCACGUUCCAAAUCUCGUAAUAAAAGACCGUAUUGUCGAUUUCAUUAUCGUUUUGGGGCCAUGGCACGCAAGUGUGAACAGCCAUGCGCAUUCAAAAAGCCCGACGAUAAAAACGAAGUGGGUCUGAAUUAUUCUCGCCGCUUAUUUGUCACAGAUCGUUCAAAUUGCCGCAAAUACUUAGUUGACACCGGAGCAGAUUUCUCCGUUUUACCUCGAAAUUUGUUCAAUAAAUUAAAAAUUCCCGAUAGCUAUAAACUUUUCGCCGCAAAUGGCACACCCAUAGCUACUUUCGGUUAUUUCACUUCUUCAGUCGACCUUGGACUUCGACGUAAUUUCACGUGGUCAUUUCUCAUCGCCGAUGUAGCAAAGCCAAUAUUAGGUGCAGAUUUUCUCAAUGAAUUUGGCCUCUUAGUUGACAUCAAGAACAAGCAAUUAAUCGAUGCGAAAACUAAGUUACGCACCAAAUGCAAUUCUCAAUUAAUUCAAUAUGAAAGAGUCAACACUAUUGACGACAACUCGAUUUUUAGCGAUUUAUUGCAACAAUUCAAAGAUCUUACGCUUCCCCCUACUUUCAAUAAAGGUAAUAAUCUGAAACAAAGUUCAGUCAAACAUCAGAUUGUUACAAGUGGACAACCAGUCUUCUCCCGUGCUCGGCGUCUUAAUCCAGAAAAGCUAGCAAUAGCAAAAAAGGAAUUCGAACUGAUGAUCAAAGCUGGUAUUUGUCAACCAAGCAAAAGUCCUUGGGCAAGCCCCUUGCAUAUGGUUCAAAAAAAGACAGGACAGUGGCGCCUUUGUGGCGAUUAUCGCAUGCUCAAUGCUAUCACCACGCCUGAUCGAUACCCUUUACCUCACAUUCAAGAUGUGACACACAUUUGUGCUAAUAAGGAAAUUUUCUCAAAGAUUGAUCUCGUAAGUGCUUACAAUCAAAUUCCAAUUGCCGAAGAAGACAAAGAAAAAACAGCAAUUAUUACCCCUUUUGGUCUCUUCGAAUUCAAUAUAUGCGAUAAUAAAAUGAGAACUCGUUACGUGAAUGCGCAGUAUCCUGGCAGCAACCACGAUGCUCAUAUUUGGAACAUAUGCGAUAAUAAAAUGAGAACUCGUUACGUGAAUGCGCAGUAUCCUGGCAGCAACCACGAUGCUCAUAUUUGGAACGAGACGCUGGAUAUGCUCUAG